CUCGACGAUCCAUUAAACGCUAUAAUUAUAUGAACUGAAUACCGAACUGUAAUAAUUAUGUACUAGUAUAGCAGUAAAUCAGUAGGAUUUAGGUUCACUAUUGCAAAAUCUCACGAUUGAUAUUGUUGAACUCCGGCCUUACCAAAUGCUAUGCAACAGUAACUUGAAAUGCAUGUUUAUAAACAUGACACCUAAUCACAACAUGCAGGUAGAAACAUAAUGGGUACAGGAAGAUGUGUGUAUAGGAAUCAUAUGAUGUCUUUUAGUGGAUCCAUUAACUUAUAAUUAUUGUGAAAAUUGUCUAGCAACAGACAACAUGGUAAUCACGAGUUAGGGUCUUUUGUUAAUCGCUUAGGCCAUAAAAAUAAACUGCUCUAUAUAAUUAUAGAAGCUAUAUAUAGCUAUAUGCAAGAGAUAGUGCAUGUAGUGUAGUGAGUUGGUACACACAUUUCAUAACGACAUUUUACAUUGCUAUGCAUAAAAAAUUAUGUUAUCUCCCAACUAUAGAAAAGUCCUCCCACCAAUGCAACACACUGUAUUAUGGUUCCGGAAAUGCUACAAGCAGUGAAUAUGCUACACCUAAUGCAAAGAGUGUAUAAAAAGGAGACGGUUAUUUUGAAUUGUGACGAGUACGUCUCUAGCUGACAAUCAGUCAUGAUGAAAUCUGGCCUUCUCUUAUUUGUUACUUUUGGAGUCUUCAGCUCUAUGCAGCUAUUUACACGGGCACAAGAGUCGGGAUCAGUGGCUGUUGGUAGGACUCCUAGCGUCAGUGUCCUUCGUGGUCGUGAUGGCAGGGAUGGGCCACGAGGAAGAGACGGACGUGAUGGAGUGCAAGGAGUAGUGGGCCCAAGAGGAUCCCCUGGAAUGAAUGGACCUCCUGGUACAUCUAGAGCCCCUGGACCAAAGAGUGGGGGUGUGGUCUACACCAAGUGGGGGAAGAUUACCUGCAGAGAUGGAGCUAUUCUAGUCUAUGCUGGAGUAAUGGCUGGAAGUCAUCACAUAAAAAAUGGAGGUGGCACCACACGACUGUGUAUGCCCAAUGAUCCCGACUACACACUCCCAUUCAUUAGUGGUGUGCAGAGCUACAGCCCACUCUACAGUGUCGAAUAUCAAGCUACUGUUCGAAAUGUUAACCACGACAUUCCUUGUGCUGUGUGUAUGGUGCCCACUAAAGACCUUGUGCUAAUGGUACCCGGCAAGAGCUCUUGUCCAGCUGGAUUCACGAGAGAGUACUAUGGCUACCUCAUGUCGGAGAGGGUGCAUGUUAAUCAUCACCGAUCUACAUUUGAAUGUGUUGAUAAAGAUCUCGAGUCUGUGCAUGGAAGUUCACAUCAUCAGGGACAUGGUCUGUUUGGUCAUGUUGAGGCUGUGUGUAAUGCACUCGCUUGCCCUCCUUACAACAAUUACAAAGAGAUUAACUGUGCUAUGUGCACAAUGUAGCUGUUCUAUAUGAACCGAUUGAAAACACUCUGGAGUAUGUAGACUAAUAUAUAUACUCAGUUAAAAUGUCUAUACAUGUGAGAUUGAUAUGGAAGAACUCCGGCCUUGUUGUCAA